AUGGGGAACAAGCACUCCAUUACCUCGCUGGUCUUCGACAUGAAGAUCAAGGCUAGAGAACUGAAACGCCAGAGUGAAAGAUGCUAUCGCGAGAGCGAGGGUGAGAAGGGGAAAAUCAAGGUCGCGUUGCAGAAGAACAAUACGGAGGGCGCUAGAAUUUUUGCACAGAACUUUAUUCGCAAACAGCAGGAAGGGCUGCACUGCCUGCAGCUCUCCUCGAAGCUCGAUGCGGUCGCUUCUCGGCUUGACGCAGCCCACCGUUCUCAACAGAUGAGUAAGCAAAUGCGAUCAGCAGCAUACGGGUUGUCCCACGCGUUGAGAACCUUGGACGGCGGAACCUCCCUGAGGCAAAUGGAAGAGUUUGCGAAGCUCUUCGAUGACUUGGACGUUCGGAGCGACUCCGUCUCCACCCUCCUUGACGCGUCAACAUCCACGUCAAUUCCACUGGAACAAGUCGAUGAUGUGCUGAAGCACGUUGCGCAAACUUCCAAUAUGCCGAUGGGGUCUGAUUCUUUGUACAGAGACGAUAGCUACUUAUAA